AUUCCUGAACGCAAUCCAACUGGCGAUCGAAACACUUCUUUGUAAUCCUAAAUAAAACACUUUGUGACCAGUAGUUACCAUCCUUCGCGAUUGGCGUCAGGGCGUUUGCGACGCAUUGUAUAAAUGAUCUUUACUCAGACUUCCGAAAGUAUUUAUUUGAACUCUAUUUUGAGGAAACGAAAGAAGGAUCGAAUUGUUACAUGAGCGUUUAAUCCUGUGAAAAUAGUAAAAGAGCAUUUAAUAUAUUCUUCUUACUCGUUUUACACUGAAUAACAGCUACGAUAUGACAGAUGCGAAAAGUUUAAAAGAAGCCAUCGAGCAAUAUGAAGUUCAAUUGUCACAGGUGGAUACGACGCUGUCUUCAACACCGAUAGGUCCUAACAGAGACAACUUGCUUAGCCUGAAGUCUGACAUUGAAGAAUUGAUCUCUUUAACAAAAGAAAGUUUGCAAAGCCUUGAAAGAAAUAACAUAGAAAGCAAAGAUGAAGAUGAAGAUUCUAAUAGCAAGAUACAGGAUCCACUGGAUAAGGAAUAUGCUUUGUUCAAGGCAGAAUUGGAGGAAUCUUCGGAUGAUGAGGAAAGUACAGAGCAGAGUAGUAGGACUGGAACAACCAUUGGUGAUAUUGAAGAUGAAUUAAAGGAGCUAGAAGGAAUGAAAUGCAAGGCCCCUUACAGCAAUAGUUGGGGUGGCACUGGUUACCAUAAUGCUAUGGUAUGUUCUGUUCAUAGAAACAAUAAUGAAGAGAUCAAAGAUAUCCAUGAUAUUAAGAUCCAGGUUUUCUUUCUCAAUCCAACGCACAAGAAAAUGAUCCCAUGUCCGUAUUUUCUUGAUGGAAGUUGCAAGUUUUCCGAUGAGAAUUGUCAUUACUCUCAUGGUGAAAUCGUGGCAUUCUCGAGCCUGCAAGAGUACAAAGAUCCUGAUUUUCGUAACCUCAAGAUGGGUAGCCGAGUAUUAACUAAACAGAAAAAUAACACGUGGUGUAGAUCCGUUGUUUUGAAACUGCCUGAAAAGGACGGGGGUGAAUACCGAGUCAAGUUUGAAGCAAGCGGUGAAAUUAUAGAAGCGAGUUUACAAGAUCUUCUGCCACUUGGCGACGCGGAUUUAGAAAUGUCGGACACAUCCGAUGAUAGUGACGGAAGUGACUCUGGAUCAAAUUCACCGCACAAUUCACAUUCGGACGUGCAAUUGGUUCACAAAUCUCUCUUGACGUUACAAUCCGACGAACCUCUGGGAAAUUGGGAGCGUUAUACACGCGGCAUUGGCAGCAAAUUAAUGAUGCAAAUGGGGUACGUGAUUGGCACCGGUCUUGGAAAACGGGGUGAUGGUAGGAUACAACCUGUCGAAGCGACAGUAUUGCCAGCGGGCAAAUCGUUAGAUCACUGCAUGGAAUUGCGUGAAUUUGCCGGUGGCGACAAAGAUUUGUUCUCCGUGGAGCGCAAGAUGCGCAAGCAACAACAAAAGUCGGAGCAACAGAGGGAAAGGCAGUAUCAGAAAGAGAAGGAAAGAGAGAACAGCAAUGUGUUUAACUUCAUAAACAAAACUUUAGGCGAUAAACCUAAAGACGAUAACGCGGCUGGUAGUUCAAGAAGUAAAGAUAAACUGAGGAUAGAAUCUAAUUAUAAUUUAAAUGUGGCCAGCUUUCGAGUUGGAGAGGACAUAAGUCGACUGGAAAAGGAAUCGUCGAAGUUGAAAGAAUCAAUGGCGAGGCAUACUAAAGGUAGCGCGCUUUAUAAUAAUAUCGUGAUGAAAUAUAACGAGAAACAAAAAGAGCUGAAUAACUUGCGAACCUCGGAGAGAAAUAUUAUUGCCGAACAAAAUCAAAGGAAGGACAAAGCCAAGUUAACUAUAUUUUGAUACUGAUGAAAUAGUACCGCGAAAAAUAUAUAUUAAAUUCGUCUGUAUAUAAAAUGAGCAUAAGUAAAGUGUAUUAUUAUCAAUGUGCAUUGCAAUUUUUUCGCGUGCUUGUCACUUCUAUAGGAAAAUUUGCAAUCGAGAUAUUUGACAGCGUUGUCUAGUUCCGCAUUUUGGCAUUUUCGGUCGUGGAAUCGAUAGGUGCAUUCAGGAUAUAGAUAUGUUCCAUUUCUCGCAUGAUCUUGUCGUAUGACAAUGACCGAGAGAAAAUUCCCUAUGCACCAAUUAUCGGACAGGUAAAUAGCGCCAAUGUGUACUAGCGGGAAAUUCAAGUCGAGUUCCAGUGUUUUAUUUAUAAAUUCAAGUUGGUUUUCUUCGAAAAGCUCGCCAGAACCAUCUGUGGGAUCACAAUUGAGAAUCUGGGACUACUUGGGAUAUUCUUAGGAUAAAACGUGCCGUGUGGAUUAUAACUAUUUUUUCGUAAAACUAAAAAAUCAUUCUUACCUGAAUAGAAUGACUCGUCGCGAUAAAGAGAACGAGAGAUACACACUGCUUCGUCUAGGUAGAGAGUAACUAGAAUCGAUCCAACGACAUAAUAUAAUUUAUUCAUAAUCAUAUAAAAAAACCAUUUUAUUUCGUAAAUGGCUCCGUACACAAGAAAUAUCGUUUGCGAUAACAAUAAUUACGCUUUCCCCUCCAAGCACAUUCGGAGUUUGCCGAUUUAAAUUUAUAUAUACCCUGCGUAAAUAACCGAGUGACUAGUGUCGCUUUUGCGGGCAAGGGCAUGGCUGAAAAAUCGUGCCGACGGUCCUCGCAUCAACGACCGACCGCAAGAUCGAUCCAGACACAACUGCUCCACUUCCGACGCGCUCCGAGAAAACCUAAACCGCGCUCUCCUCUUGGUGCUCUACCUGGAAUGUGUCGAUGCGAUUGCAUAAGAAGAAAACAAAAAAGAUCAUUAUCGAACUUAAAACGAGAACAACUAUAAAUUCGCCUUACGAUUACAAAAUUAAAGUAUCUCAUGGAGGAAGGAAACGGGGUAGGGAAGAGAUUAAAAAAUUAUGUUAUAUACAGUUAUAUCAAGUAUAAAAUUCUCGGGGGAACAACGAUAGCGCACGUUAACGACAGUUAGUUCCGCGUUACCGCCGAAGACUUUCCGAUCACGAUCGAAGUAACCCUCGCAGUCAGUCUCCGCACAAGCUAUUAUCGAAAACGAAAAUCACAAUUUUUUUCCUUCUUGAGAGAUGAACAGACGACAGAGAAAGACGUGUACGAAAGGUGCGGACAAAUCACAAAUCUAUUCGUGACUUGAAAAAAAAAAAAAAACAAAAGAGGACGGGAGAA